AUCCAAAUUUGAAUGUGAUGAAGUCUUUGGUCUGAAUUGAAAUAAAACUAAAGCAGUCAGUUUGAUUGUUGGUUUAUCAGUGUGACAGAUCGAUGCUUGUUACCAAUUCUGCUAUGAUUGGAAAAAAAUGAAAAAAAAAAACAAUAUCUAGAUCUUCAACGUAUAACUAUUCUUUAACUCGGCAUUUCACCUUUCUUAGAUAUCGGAUUCUUUCUGAGCAAGAAACUAACAAAACUAUGUGUUUCCCCUUUGUUCUUUGUAAAGCUUUUUGACAUUACCUUCGGUCGCAAGCAAACAUAUUCGAAUCAAAAAUAAAAUAAACGAUAUAUCAUAAGGCCAGUUGCAGAAUAUAACCCAUUCAAAGAAUUGAGACUAACCGUCACUGAUAACGGUCCAUUCAUCUUUCACGUAAAUCCAUGUGGCCAUGUGAUAAUUAUUCUAAGUAUAUGUUAAUCUCCUAAAUGACCAUAUAUCUUACAUUACAUAUCCCAUGUUACCUGUUCUUAAUACUUGGUAAGUUGACAUUGGUUGACUUUUAGUAACCCAUCCAUUUUUCCAAGAGCUUUUGUUGACUUAUGCUGCUUAUGGCCGUACGAUUCGUAGCUUUUCUUCUUCUACGGCUGUGAUUUGAUUAUGACAUUUCCACACUCCACAUGUCACAUGCCAUAGAUUAUGCUAUAUAUGAAAUCUGAUCCAUUGGCCCUCGUAUUUGGUUUUUAAUCAACCUUAGAGAAAGUCUAUAUAUUAAAUAUAAUUCAAAACCAAAGACCAACAGAAAAGUCAUCUGACACUUGCAUAAUUUGUAUUUAUUUCUUUUGCCAAUUACCAGUUACUUAAUAAUAUCUCACAUUCUCGACUCAAAUUAAUACUAAAUAAAUUAUACAAGUGAACAUGGAUCCUUGUGAACAAGCACGCAAAGAUCACAUGCUUUCUCGUUCAUAGAUCAACAUUAUUUGCUUAAGGAAUUCACAACUGCUUAUCAUCAUCACAUGCGAUUAUGCGAACCGUACAUUUCAUUCAUUUGAAUUUAAUCAAGCAUAUGAUCUAACAAUCAUUAGCAUUAUGAUUAAAAUAAAGUCAAACGUAUUCAAAUACAUAUAUUUAAACAAAAAAUUCCAUAUACAAUUACAUAUAAAUACCUGCCAUACCCGUAUAAUUUUCCUUCAUCCUCACAUUUCAUCUAAAACACAAAAACAUAAAUACUUUCAAAUCUGACAUCUACAAAGAUUCAUUACUCUUUCUCUUUGUAAGAAACAUUAAAUGGAUCAUAUUAAUAACAAGCUUCUAGCUGUUUUGCUGAUGUUCUUCUCAAGCUUCUUGCUUAUGAGAACAUCAAUGGCUGCUUACAACUAUAAUGUCGUUAAGUUUGGUGCUAAACCCGACGGUCGAACCGACUCCACAAAAGCCUUCCUCGGCGCGUGGCAAGCGGCUUGCCGUUCAGCUGCAAGUGUCACUGUAACGGUCCCGAGAGGGAGCUUCUUGCUAAAACCGGUGGAGUUUCGUGGUCCGUGCCGUAGCAAAAUCACGUUUCAGAUUUAUGGAACCAUUGUAGCUCCUUCGGAUUACCGUGGUUUGGGUAAUUCCGGUUAUUGGAUCUUGUUCGUGAAAGUUAACCGGAUCUCGAUCAAUGGAGGAACGUUAGAUGCUAGAGGUGCUUCUUUUUGGGCUUGUCGAAAAUCUGGAAAGAGCUGUCCUGCUGGAGCCAGAUCCAUGACGUUUAACUGGGCAAACAACGUCGUAGUAACCGGCCUAACGUCAAUAAACAGUCAAGUAACACAUUUAGUGAUAAACAGCUGCAACAAUGUAGUUGUCGGGAAAGUAAAGUUAGUAGCUCCAGACCAAAGUCCGAACACAGAUGGCCUCCACGUCCAAAAUUCUGCUGGUGUGACCGUAACCGAUAGCACGUUUCAGACCGGAGACGACUGUAUCUCUAUCGGUCCGGGAACUCGUAACCUCUACAUGUCUAAACUCAACUGCGGUCCAGGCCACGGAAUCAGUAUUGGAAGUCUAGGGAGAGAUGCUAAGGAAGCUGGAGUACAGAACAUAACGUUGGUAAACUCUGUUUUUUCGGGUUCAGAUAAUGGUGUUCGGAUCAAGUCAUGGGCUAGACAAAGCACAGGUUUUGUGAGGAACGUUUUGUUUCAAAAUCUGAUCAUGAAGAACGUUCAGAAUCCAAUCAUUGUUGAUCAGAACUAUUGUCCGACUCAUCAAGGUUGUCCUAAACAGGGUUCUGGGGUGAAGAUUAGUCAGGUUGUGUAUAGGAACAUUCAAGGGACGUCACGAACGCAACAUGCUUUAAAGUUUGAUUGUAGUCGUAGUAAUCCGUGCCAAGCGAUUAGAUUGCAUGAUAUUAAGCUAACGUUCAACGGUCGGUCCGCUACUUCACAAUGUAAGAAUAUUAAAGGAGUUAAGGCUGGUGUGGUGAUGCCACAAGGUUGUCUUUGAUUUGAUGAAGUUAAAGGGUAUGUAACAAAGUGUUUUACGAUGACAUUACACCGUCGUAGGCGCAAGAUUAUUAUUUGCGUCCAUGAUCGAGUUGUUCUGUCUAAUGUUUAAAUACGUAUGUAUAUUAUUAAAGUUUAAUUUGUACUUUUUGGUACAAAAUAUUAAUAUGAAUUUCUAGUUUCUCAUGUGUUGAAGCUGAGCAUUCAGUUAAGAUUUAUAUUAAGUUGAGUAAUCAAUUGGUCCUUCCUAAUGAAUUAAACUAUUCCAAGCCUAACGAUCCACUGAUCUACAUAAGCUGGCCAAAGUUUAAGCAACAAAUUCUAAAUUGGAGCAAAAAAAGAUUAAAAUGGAUCACAAAACAUUAUUUUAUUAUUAAGGGUUGAAUAAUCAUCACAUUCAGAAAUACAACCUUUAUAUAAUGCAGAUAAAGUAAACUAACACAAUUCAUUCUUAAUAGAUAAGUAGAAUAUCAUAUAAUACUCUUAGUGAAGAGUAAGAGAGCUUUCUUGGAUCAAUUGAUCUUCUUCCACCUCCCAAGCUUCUCUUUGCCCUGCUCAAUUUUUUGGGUUAAAAUACAUCAUAUCAAUCGAAUGAGUAAUCAAUUAGUGUAUCUUUAAAAUUAAUGCAGCUAGAAUAUAGUCACUUAAUUGAGUAUUAUAUGAAAAUAGUUUCAUAAAAAUACUAAAACAUUUUGACUUAUACAGAUGGUAAUUUUUGUUCUGUUUUUUUUAUCAUGUAAAAAUAGUCUAUACUAUAAUUCACGUACUAGAUUCAUGUACUAUAUAUAAUGGCAGUGGGAUGUGUAUAUACAUCAAAGCCAAAAACUUACAACUUAGUUAUAUGAUUUCAAAUAUACAUCUAAUUGUAUCAGUUCUAUGAUUAUUGACUAUUCCAUUCCACAAUGUAGGCAGUGUGUUUGUACCUUACGAGUGGCAAUGGAGUAUGGAUUCUCCUCGAUGGACACUGCCUUAAAUCCUACGGGAACCAAAACAUCUUCGUAGCUAAACCUCAAGAAAUGCACGCACAAUUAACAUAUUUAGUUAAAUAUUUAAGCUAAUUACAGAUUUUCAUCAGUCAUAAAUAUAAGAAUAACUAACAGAAUAGUUACGUAUUGUGUUUCAGAAAAAAAAAAGAAAAAAGAACGAGAAUAGUUACGUACGUA